GUAAAAGGGAAGGACCUACAGUUCAAGCGGAGACAGAAAGUUGACAUAAAUAAGGAAAUUUAGAGCAAAUAUAUAUUUGAUUAGUUUGAAUUAUAAAUGAUAUCUUUACAUCACACCGCUCAGCUAUCUUGAUGCGGACGCUGGAGGUGGUAAUCUGUCUGUUUGUUUAGCUAGCUGCUAUCGAGCCUUCUGCUCUUCAAACACACCGCCUGCGGGGCGAUGAGUACGGAUCUGUUGUCGGAUUUGGACAGCCGCUUCUUCGCGGAUAACCUGCUGACGAGCGAAGACUGGGGUGAGGCAGCAUUUUGGAGCAUUAAGGAUGCCUGCCUGUUCCAGUGUGAGAGCAUGGAGGAGGGCGAGGACGGGGACUUCGGCCGAGGCUUGAAAUACGACGCAUCGUUUGACAAUGACCUCGUGCUCACCCUUGAUCCUGACAACCCUACGUCGCCCUGGCGACACCUUGACGACAACCUUCUCACAGCUGACGCUCCGGCGGUUAAAAAUGAAAUGACAAUAACGCAGCCGCUGCCGGUGGAGAUGUUGUUUCAGGUGAAAGCAGAGCCUCCCUCGCCCCCGUCCUCGCUCGAGUCCGAGUGCUCCCCCUCUCCACCUGACCCACAGAUCACCGUUAAAGGCGAAAAUCCUCCGACUCCUCCCUACAUGUACGGAGACGUGCUGUCGCCUCCCCUGGGGUCCAUGGAGGUUACCGUAGCAACAACAGCACCCCCAACACAGACCCAGAUUGCUGCGGUGACACAGACGCAGCUCCAGGCGCCGCUGACGACGCCGAUCCCAGCGGUCAUCGGCGGGUUACAGACGCAGGCUACAGUCUUGCCGAGCUCGGCCACAUUAAAGGCCAACACCAUCCUGAGCACCAAACCCCCCAUCCAGCCCCGACCCGUGUGCGUCGCCACCCUCCCCGUCCCCCAGACCGCCACGCCGGCCAAGGCGCUCAUACUGCAGGGCCUCCCCUCCAUGGACCAGACCAGACCUGUCGUCAUCUCUCCGUCCGUCUGCCUCGGCUCCACGCCGGCCAUCGUCAAAAUGGAGCCCGUCUCUCCCAGCAUCCCCCAGCACUGCUCCAGCCCCACGGCCCCGCACGCCAGCAAACCCAUCGUCCCGGCGACCACGACUUUGCCCGGCAACAGCUCGAACGACAUCGAUAUGAAAGUGCUGAAGCGGCAGCAGAGGAUGAUAAAGAACCGCGAGUCGGCCUGCCAGUCGAGGAAGAAGAAGAAGGAGUACCUGCAGAACCUGGAGGCUCAGCUGAGGGAGGCCCAGCAGGAGAACGAACGGCUGCGCAAGGAGAACCAGGCACUGAGGGAGAGGCUGGCAGGGAAGGAGGGCGCUGACUCGGCGAGUAACAAGAGAGCCGUGUGCGUCAUGGUCGUCCUCCUCUUCAUGACCUUCAGCUUCGGACCCGUCAGCAUCACAGACAGGAAGCUGGCGACGGGUCUGCAGGAAGACGUGAUGUCGUUUACGGGACGGCGGCUGCUGGAGAUCGAACAGCGCCAGCAGGAGGCGGCGCCGUCUACCAACAAGGUGGAGGACAAGACGGAGGCGGAGGAGGACGGAGGAGACGAGCGAUGGAAGAAAGCGGAGGAGAAAUACGCCGCAGAGUCGUAUCAGUUCAGAAACCUGAGCGACGUGUUCAGUGAUGUGAAGGACCUGGUUCUGCAGGACAUCGACCGUUACUUCACCUCCUCGGACUGCCGGCAGUUCAACCGCUCCGAGUCUCUCAGGCUGGCGGACGAGCUGAGAGGAUGGGUCCAUCGACACCAGAUCGAUCGCAAGAAGUCCGGAAAGCCGAAGAUGGCCAAGAAGGCCAAAGUCGCCCAGCAGAAAGCUCAGCAGAGGAAAACCAACUUCUCCAGAUAUCUGCCGAUCCAGACUCACCGCUCCAUAGAAAGUCAGCUGCAGGUGCUUCCUGGUCCUGAGGUCACCUACAGCGACUUCCUGGACGCCAUCGACCGCAGAGAGGACACGUUCUACGUGGUCUCGUUCAGACGGGACCACCUCCUGCUUCCGGCCAUCAGCCACAACAAAACCAGCCGGCCCAAGAUGUCCCUGGUGAUGCCGGCCAUGUCUGUAAACGAGAGCCUCUAUAACUCAUCUCAGGGCUACGAGAUGAUGAUGCAGGUCGACUGCGAGGUCAUGGACACUCGGAUCGUCCCCAUCAAGUCGUCCGCCGUCCCCCCCUCGCUCCGAGACCCGCCCCCGCCUCCCCCCUCUUCCCACAGCAGCUCCAACCAUCACCACAGCAACCACACCUCGCUCCGAGGACGCCACCAGCACCACCCCUCCUCUUCCUCUUCGUCUCAGAGGCAGCCUUUACCCGCCCGCCGACGGACAGCUGAAUACUUAAUCAGCCAGUCAGAAGGAGUCUGAAGGUCGGAGGUUAAAGGUUGGAGAAAGACUUGAAGUAUAAGCUCACUGUCCCUGCACCAGGUAACGGUUCCUCCUCCAGCAAACAGGAAGCUCCUCUCCGAACACGAGUCGAGCUUCCUGCCGUUUCCCAAAAGGUGAAAAUUCAAGAAAACAAAUUGAACGUGAGGACGUCCCACAAACGCAAACAUGUUUGUCAGAACGAGAGCGCCAGAGCAGCGUGCAUGCUGCUUUAAUGUUUAACAGCAAGUGCGUGCAGCGAGAACGCAGCGUGGAGAAGCUGCUCCACGAAGCGCCGACAGCCAAACUUUAAAGAAUAAAUUCAGCUUAUUUACAGGAUCAAGUGUAACGUUCAUCCUUCCGGCUCGGAGACACCGAGCACAGCGCUGAGACGUUAACUGGCGCCAACGUGUUUUUCACGUUUUAGUGAGUCGUAAUUAUGAGAUACAGAAGCUCAGAGGAGCUGCAGCGCGUCUCAGCUGUCAGUCCAGCAGCUGCUGCAUGAAGCAGGAACCACAAAGAUGUGACGGCGUCUGUACGGAGCGAGGUGUGGCAUCUAAAAUAUCGCCAGCAAAAAGCCAAACCAAUGAAAUUCCACCGAGAGUGAAACAAAAGCAGCUCGUUUGGUACUUCUCUGGAUUUUCUGUGGUACAGCAGUGAAAUCGUUUCUGCUUCGUGCGUCAGCCGUCGUCUUUAUCAAUGUUUCGUUUUUUAUGCCUGUUUUGGUGCGGUUAUUUAAUAGUUGUAAAUAUGAGUGUAGAUAUUUUGUCACCUUUUUACUUUUUUAAUUUUUUGUUUUUUCACAACAAAAAGUAAAAAAACAAACAAAAAUAUUUUGUAUUUGCCGGACGGUCCGGCGUGACUCUGUGCUUGUAGUCUGAACUCGGGAUUAUCUCCUGAUCUAAAAUAUUUAUGUAUAUAUAUAUAUAUAUAUAUG